AUGGCCGUCUCAAACGACAGCGAAAAUAGUUUUAACGGCCACCCGAGACUAUGCGAAUCGCAUAUUUGCCAGCAAAAUGGCAAUAUCACUUUCAACGAGACCUUUGACAAUUUCUCGAGAUUCCUCCCAUUCUCCUGCUCCUCUACAAAGGAAUCUGAAAUAUUCUUCACUUCUUUCACGUUUCACUUUUGCGUUUAUUUCAUGUACAGUGUCAUUUUUGUCAUCGCGCUCUUCGGUAAUGGAUUGGUGUGCUAUGUCAUCAGUAAUUCGCCCCAAAUGAAGACAGUGACGAACUUCUUCAUUGCAAACUUGGCGAUUGGCGAUAUCAUGAUGACCAUAUUCUGUGUGCCAUUUUCAUUUGUGUCCAUGCUGGUUUUGCGGUACUGGCCGUUUGGCGGCGUCAUGUGUAAGGUUGUUAAUUUUUCCCAAGCUGUCUCAGUACUAGUUAGUGCGUAUACGUUGCUAGCUAUAUCUGUGGAUCGUUAUAUUGUGAUAACGCAGCCGUUAAAACCUCGGCUUGGGAAGACGGCGGCAAAGCUUGUCAUUAGCGGGGUAUGGAUUGGGGCCAUGAUUACGGCGACACCAAUCUUCGUAGUAUCGCGUCUGCAGAGACCCUCUCUUUGGCACGAAGUCUGCGAAUUGGAUAUCUGUUCAGAGAUCUGGUUGGACCAUAAACAGAGCGAGAGGUACACCUGUGCUUUACUGACCUUACAAUUUCUGCUACCUCUUACUGCGUUGGUGUGCACUUACACAAGGAUCGCAUACGUGGUAUGGGGGGUUCGACCUCCGGGCGAGGCUGAAGUGAAUAGAGAUUCUCGUAUACAACAUUCCAAGAGAAAGAUGAUCAAGAUGAUGGUGACAGUUGUAACUGUGUUCACGAUAUGCUGGCUACCACUCAACGUCUUCUUGAUGUUGUGGAGUGCCCACGAAAACGACGACGAAUGGACGGCUUGGCAAGGAAUGCCAUACGUGUGGUUCGCGAGUCAUUGGCUGGCCAUGUCUCACUGCUGCUAUAACCCAGUCAUCUACUGCUACAUGAACUCCAGAUAUCGACGUGGAUUCCAGCAGGCUCUCAGGACACUGUUCUGCCGCUAUAAGAAGUCCGUGGGCUGUCCAAAUCAUCGAUCGAGCGUUUGCGAAGCUGUUCCUAUGUCUGAACUAAAUGCCAACGGAAGGCUGUAUCGCCAAGGGACCUGCGUUUGCCGCCAAAGAAACAUCGGCAGCGGAAAAACAACCACAUCCAUUAAACAUACGAUCUCAUUGAACCCGAAUGUAACGACUAGAAAUGCCUCCCUAACCGCACAUUCGCGACUCUUCAAUUAG